AUGGCCACCUUUAAACAACAAGCCCUGCAGUGCGUCAAAUGUUUGCGCCAUCGUGGACCUGACUGGUCUGGCAACUGGUCUGGGAACAACACCAUCCUCUGCCACGAACGGCUCAGUAUCGUCGGCGUGGACAGCGGUGCCCAACCUCUGGUCAACGAUGAAGGUACAGUAGCUCUGGCCGUCAAUGGCGAGAUCUACAACCACCGAAUCUUGCGGAAGCAUUUCAAAACCCCCUACAACUUCAGAACUCACAGUGAUUGUGAAGUCAUCAUCCCACUCUAUCUGGAACACGACAUCGACGCCCCGAAGCAGCUAGAUGGCAUGUUCUCCUUUGUUCUCUAUGACAAGGAACAAGAUCGAACAAUUGCUGCCCGCGAUCCUAUUGGCAUUACCUCUUUCUAUAUCGGUCGCUCCUCUCAAACACCCGGUGCUGUCUACUUUGCUUCCGAGCUCAAGGCGCUGGCCCCCGUUUGCGACAAAAUCGAUUCGUUCCCACCCGGCCACGUCUAUGACUCCAAGACGGACAAAACCACCCGCUAUUUCGAGCCGUCAUGGUGGGAUCCAAAGCGGGUUCCGACUACUCCCAUCGACUACAAAUUGAUCCGACAUACCCUAGAGAAAUCGGUGCUGAAACGACUCAUGGCGGAAGUCCCAUAUGGCGUUCUUUUGUCGGGAGGUCUCGAUUCAAGUUUGACCGCUUCAAUUGCACAGCGAGAGUCUCUUCGUCAACGAGCCAUUGCUGAGAAGCAACAGGCCAGUAAAAUGACCAACGGGAUCACCAACGGUUAUGUCAACGGUGGCGCCCCCAAGACCGGCACCAAACUGGUCGGUAUCGACGACGAUGACGAGCUGUCAACAGUUACCUUCCUUCCCCAGUUGCACUCCUUUUCCAUCGGUUUGCCCGAUGCCCCUGAUACCAAAGCUGCGAUUGAGGUCGCCAAAUUUCUCGGAACCAAGCACUAUGAUUUCACCUUCACCAUCCAAGAGGGUUUAGAUGCUCUUUCGGACGUCAUCUAUCACCUCGAGUCGUACGAUGUCACCACCAUUCGCGCUUCGACACCGAUGUACCUCCUCAGCCGAAAGAUUAAGGCCAUGGGUGUUAAGAUGGUUUUGAGUGGAGAAGGAAGUGAUGAAAUCUUUGGCGGAUACCUGUACUUCCAUGCAGCACCAAAUAAAGAAGAAUUUCAUGCCGAGACAGUCAAGAGAGUCAAGAACCUGCAUUUGGCAGAUUGUCUCCGCGCCAACAAGUCCACAUCCGCAUGGGGUGUCGAGGCUCGAGUUCCCUUCCUAGACAAGCAAUUCCUUGAAGUGUCCAUGAACGUGGAUCCACAAGAGAAGAUGAUUACGAAAGACAGACUGGAAAAGUAUAUCCUGCGCAAAGCUUUUGACACCACAGACGAGCCGGAUGUCAAACCCUACCUGCCAGACAACAUUCUUUGGCGGCAAAAAGAGCAGUUUAGCGAUGGCGUUGGAUAUGGCUGGAUUGAUGCUUUAAAAGAUAAUGCAGAGCUUCAUGUGACGGAUGAGAUGCUGGCCAACCCCAAGAAAGAAUGGGGCGACGACGUGCCUACUAACAAGGAGGCAUACUGGUACAGAACGAUGUUUGACCAACAUUUCCCGCCUUACUGUGCCAGCACGGUCAUGAGGUGGACACCCACCUGGUCUCGACAAACUGAUCCCAGCGGUCGAGCGAUUGGAACGCAUGUGGCGCGAUAUGAUACAGAGACAGAGGCAGGGUCAUAA